AUAGAGGCCUGUCCCGGGCCUGGCGCGGAGGGAGGCGGGGCAGUGCGGGGCGGUGGCUGGGUUCAGAGUCCCGGGCGGCCUGGCUGCGGGGGAAUGAAGCCUCCGCCUUCCCCGGCAGAAGCAUUUAAAUACGGCCGCGGGCCCUGGAUUCGGGCAGCGGCGGGCGGAGAGAGUGGAGGCUACGGCUUGGAAGUAAGGCUCUGUCCGAGCGAACGGGAUCCGAGUGGCCGCCGUGCUCCGGCCUUGGAAGUGGUUGAGCCAUGGUGGAAAUCAAGAAGAUCUGCUGCAUCGGUGCGGGCUAUGUCGGUGGCCCCACGUGCAGUGUCAUCGCCCAUAUGUGCCCUGAGAUCAGGGUAACGGUUGUCGACGUCAAUGAAUCGAGAAUCAAUGCAUGGAAUUCCCCGACCCUUCCUAUUUAUGAGCCUGGAUUAAAAGAAGUAGUAGAAUCCUGUCGAGGGAAAAAUCUAUUUUUUUCUACCAAUAUUGAUGAUGCCAUCAGAGAAGCUGAUCUAGUAUUUAUUUCUGUGAACACACCAACCAAAACCUAUGGAAUGGGGAAAGGCCGGGCAGCAGAUCUGAAGUAUAUCGAAGCUUGUGCUCGACGCAUCGUGCAGAACUCAAAUGGGUACAAAAUCGUGACGGAGAAAAGCACAGUCCCCGUGCGGGCAGCGGAAAGCAUCCGCCGCAUAUUUGAUGCCAACACAAAGCCCAACUUGAAUUUACAGGUGCUGUCCAAUCCUGAGUUCUUGGCAGAGGGGACAGCCAUCAAGGACCUAAAGAACCCAGACAGAGUCCUGAUUGGAGGGGAUGAGACCCCAGAGGGCCAGAAAGCUGUCCAGGCGCUCUGUGCCGUGUAUGAGCACUGGGUGCCCAAGGAAAGGAUCCUCACCACUAACACUUGGUCUUCAGAGCUUUCCAAACUGGCAGCAAAUGCUUUCCUUGCACAGAGGAUCAGCAGCAUUAACUCCAUCAGUGCUCUGUGUGAAGCGACGGGGGCUGAUGUGGAAGAGGUGGCCACAGCUAUUGGAAUGGACCAAAGGAUUGGAAAUAAGUUCCUAAAAGCCAGCGUCGGUUUUGGUGGGAGCUGCUUCCAAAAAGAUGUUCUGAAUUUGGUUUAUCUCUGUGAGGCUCUGAAUCUGCCUGAAGUAGCCCGCUAUUGGCAGCAGGUCAUAGACAUGAAUGACUACCAGAGGAGGAGGUUUGCCUCGAGGAUCAUAGACAGCUUGUUUAAUACAGUAACUGAUAAGAAGAUAGCCAUCUUGGGGUUUGCAUUCAAAAAGGACACUGGCGAUACCAGAGAGUCCUCCAGUAUCUACAUUAGCAAGUAUCUGAUGGACGAAGGUGCACACCUCCAUAUAUACGACCCCAAAGUCCCCAGGGAACAAAUCGUCGUGGAUCUGUCUCAUCCAGGCGUGUCAGCGGAUGACCAAGUGUCCAGACUGGUGACCAUUUCCAAGGAUCCAUAUGAAGCGUGUGACGGCGCCCACGCCCUUGUUAUCUGCACCGAAUGGGACAUGUUUAAGGAACUGGAUUAUGAAAGGAUUCACAAAAAAAUGCUGAAACCAGCUUUUAUCUUUGAUGGGCGACGUGUCCUGGAUGGGCUCCACAAUGAGCUACAGACCAUUGGCUUCCAGAUUGAAACAAUUGGCAAAAAGGUGUCUUCCAAGAGAAUCCCAUACACUCCUGGUGAAAUUCCCAAGUUUAGUCUUCAGGAUCCACCUAACAAGAAACCCAAAGUCUAGAUACUGCCAUUUUCUGUGAUUAUUUUGGUACUUCAGGAUAGCUGGUGUCUGUCUGAUAUUAAAUGGGAAAUGAACUACAUGUUUUUAAGGAAACAAAAAUAUUUUUUUAAUCAUCAAAUUUAUACUAGCUAUAUGGGUGUUAGCAUAUCUAGGAAUUAUGAGUCUAGAAUAAUUUUUACAUAUUUUUAUAUUAUUGUCCUCUCAGUUAUUGAAUGGAUGGAAAAUAAUCAUGUUGGUUUAAAUGUGGUCAAUUUUUGUAAACUAGAAACUUUGAACUCUUUCUAGCAUCACAGACUGUCCACAGACUGACUUGAAUACCAGGGAAAGGAGGCCUCAUUUUCCUGGGCUUACACUCAGUGGGUUUUAAAGCCAUGAAAUCACUGUGCUACCAUGUAUGGGCUGGUCGAGGUUCUCUGUCCUUAUUGUUUUAAUGCGAUAUGUCAUUAGUGGUUUUAAUUGUUUUUGUUUUCCCCAAAUGAUCACUCUGCAAUCCCUUCCCUGUUUAACAUGAAUAAUACUUUCUUUUGAAAGCAUUUAACCCGAGGAGAAAAUCAGUAUUGUGGUCUGUGUUGUCCCUCAGCUUCCUCCACUGAUUGUUGCUUUUGCAGCCGGAGUCAAAGUUUGUUAUCCUUCUUUUGAUUAUUUCUACUACAAUUCUAAGUUCUUCCUUUAACAAAGAAAACCAAUAAAAUCUCAUGUGUAAACUAAAAGAUUUUCCAAGUUACAUAUAUCUUUUUACAUGUAUUUAUUUCGAGGGGAGGUGGGAUAUGUACAGCCAAACCAUGUGU